UCAGUUGAACGAGAACCUUCAAUGUGAACAGUUUGAAGUCCGUUGUUGCAUCGUGCAACUAACAAAUUCCGAAUAAAGCAACCGAAGAAAAAAGGCGAUUUUUUCCAUCGCAUUGCUUUCGAUCACCGAGUGAUCAACAAAAAAUCGUUAAGUGUCUUUCGUAUACAUUUAUUGGAGUUCUUCUUAUUCUUUUUUAUUAGAAUUACAAUACAUAUGAGCACAUGCUAAAAUUCCGGUAUAAAAGAAAACAAAAACUGUUUUUUUUUCGACUAAGUGAUUGAAAGUGAAGAAGAAUAAAAAAAUUUCGAGCUAAAAUAAUCAUCAUCAUCAUCAUCGAGAGUUGUUUAUUAAGCAAAAAGAGUCACACCGCCACAACAUAGCAACAGCAGCAAAGUUAAGACCAUUAAACAGCAAAAAAAAAAUUUGUUGGUUUCAUCUUUCUUCGAAUUCAUUUCUCUUGGUGUUUUUUUUUUCGGUGAAUUCAAGGGGAAAAAAGAAAAGAAUGCAUCAAGAGAAAGAGAGAAAAAUAGACAGAGAAUGAAAAGUGAAUCAGAAUUGUGUUCUACUCGGUGCAUUUUCCCAGGCGUAUGAAUUGUUCGUCCAAAUAUACGCACGUACGUACGCAAUAACCGUGUUGAAUUAAUAGAAACGGAAAAAAGAGCCAGCCCAUUCAAUUUGUGAGUGAGUGCCGAAGUAAAUUAAGAAACAAAAAAAAACUUAUUACACAAACUUCGGAUGGAGGAAUGAAAAAAAAACACACAAUGAAACGAAGCAUCAUCUGUAGAAGAUAGAAGACGAAACAAGGAAAAAAGAACAAAAAAAAAUCACAUCAUACAAGAAAACACAUCUCUCAGUGCAUUUGAGAACGACCGGAGACUGUGAGUAACAACAAUAAAAAAAAUCAACCGACCAAACCAGAGUGAAGUCAUUUUUGUACAAGUACAUUGAUUCGGUGCAAGUGAGGUGAAUGAAGAAUAAAAACAAUAACACAAACACGAAACGAAUGCUUUAUUCAGUGAAAUAACAACAACGAAUUUGUAAAAGUUGUUGUUGCCGUUUGCCUCUUGCGUUUUAAUUGUGUGCAUUCAUAUUUUUUUGUGUUAUUCAUUUUUUCAACUGUUUCUGUUCGCUGUACCGCUUAUUCGAGUGUGGCCGAGCAAAAACAAAAUCGUGUCUGACUUUAUUGUUGUGGAUUUUUGCACCAAUACAAUUGCAAUCGUUGUUUAACCACCAUCAGCAACUUCAUCCAAUUUUAAGUGCAUGCAUUACAUUAGAACCAUUGUCGACGCACAAAAUCCAAUAUUAUAAAUUCGAACAUAGCACGGCAUUUGCAUUUUAAUUAGUUAAGUGUUGAAGCUAAAUGAAACCAAAUAAAAACUGAUUCAGGUGCUUCUUGAGUGCGCCGUCGCCGUAACUGUCAUUGAUUGUCAGUUUUGCUCUCUGAUGCAAACACAUAACAUUCGCAAUUGCACUUGCACACAUAUUAUUCUCGUAUCAACAUCAAGCUGUAGCCAGCACCAACGAGCUCUUUAAAACACAAUUUGUUUAAAUAAACCAGUGCUACAGUAAUUUGGAUUUUAACACAGUGCAUUUCGUGUCGACUUCAAUUAAAACCCUGAACAUAUAAAACCAUACACGAAAUAAUAACGAGCGAAUAAUAACGUUAAAUGGCAGUUUCGUAAAUUACAUAUUUUACAUACAAAUUGUACGGCUUUUUGGAGAACGGGCAAAACAAAGCGAAAACUAAUUUAGUGGCAUUUUCUGUGAAUACGCCACAAGAAUAAUAACGCGAACUAGAGGGAGAGAAUAGAAAAAAAAACAACCAACCCAAGAACUAUUGAACAUUUCAACGGAAUGUGUUAAUUGAAAAUCUUUACACUCUCAGUUGAAAGACGAAUGAAAAAAAAACCAAAACAGAAAACGAUUUAUUUAACAAAUUUAUUAAUAUUUUUUUAUAAAAUAGCACUGUGUGUAUGACAAUUUAGCUGUGCAAAACGUUCCAAAUGCUGAUUACUUUUUCAAUCUAGUGUUAGACCGUAUCCAACUCGAAUGUUUGUAUCGGUGUAAGUGUGUGUAUACUAUCUGGAGCUCUAUAACUUGUGCAACCAAACACUUGCUAUCGAGCACAUCGAUAUAAAUUCUAUACGUGCAUUUGACCCCUUUUUGGAUAUAAGCCUUGCUUGUUCACGUCAUCGUCGUCGCCUUCUCCGGCUGUCGCUUCUUUCCAAUUAGAAGUUGAGAAAAAAAAGAAAAUCGCCUGAAGGAUCCGACGUCGCACAAACCGUGUUCAAAUAUUUGAUUCAUAUGCAACACAGCCAUUGUUACAGCAAUCAAAAGGGAACGAGUUAUGCAAAGUAUUGAAUCGCCCAUUCAGUCCAAAGACAUAAGGCAUUCACUAGAGAAUAUACACUUCUUUUUUUUGUGUCAUAAAACAAUGAAUCGCACGCAAAAAAUAUUUUGCUAAUUCAUUUUGCGUGCCGUUAUUUCCCGUAAGACGAAAAGAAAUAUAACGGAACGUCCACAAUCGACGACGUACAGAACAUUUGCUCGAAAGAAAAAAAAACAAAGAAAAACACGAUCCAAUUAAAUCAAUUUCGACCAAAGGCCGAAUUAAAUUACGAGAGACACCGAAAGAGUGCUUCGGCACGUAACAAUUUAGUUUACAUGUAAAUGCAAAAAACCGCCCGUAUCAAAGGCGAUUUGUAACGAGAACAACGAAUAAACUCAACUGUUAACUAACUCAUAAAAGGUGAGUGAGAAAUAGAAAGAUGCCAUCGGGUAACGUGCCAACAACACCAACAUCGCCCAGUGCAGAUACGCCAGAGAAAGAGCAUUGCACCGGUAAAAUGCAGCGACAAAUGUCCUAUGAUCCAACCGAGUAUGUGCAACGGGCUCGUGUAACAAAAGCGGCACCACCGAAACCAGCCGCCAAUCCAUUGCAAUUCGUUGCAAUCAAACCGUGUAAUUUGUAUCAAAGUGCACAGGAUCAACUUAAACGUGCCGAAGAAGUAAAAAAGGUCAAAGAGAUCGUUAAAGAAGAACCGGAAGAUUGGCAAAGCAAUUUGGACAAUUGGAAAAGCGGACGCCGAAAACGUGUUGAACACAUUAUCGAUCGCGUUGUCGAAGCGAAAAAACUCGAAAUGGAAGAGAUUGAUCGAAAUCGAAAGAAAUCGAAAACAUUUUCGGAGAUGAUGGAAGAAAGAGAGUCAAAAGGCAGAAAAUGUUCGUUGCCGGUGUACAACGAUGACGAGGAUGCAAGCGAUUUUAAUGGCUUUGGAUAUCGAGCAAGCGAUACGAUCAACGGUAUAGGUAGCGUGUCCGAGGAUUAUGAGAAUCAGAGUGUUAACAGCGAUAAUACGUUGGACAGCGAUAAAAAUCGUUUCAUCGAUGGAAACAGCAAUCACCGUGAGAGCUAUCGUCGUGAUUCUGAAUCAAGUCCUGGAUUUGAUGAUAACACAUCGAAUAGUACAUUAUCGGCAGCAUCGCCUGAUCCCGUCUACAGUUCAUCAUAUAAUUCAAAUGGUUCACGCACACAGAUCACAACACUUACAAGUAAUUUUAGUCGUGUAUCGGUUGAAUCAUGGGCCGAAAAGCAUCAUGCUCCACCAUCGUCGAAUCAUUUAAAACCAAAACCUCGAUUAACGCCAAAAAUCGAAGGCCAUUUGGCAAGCUACGAAACGAAAUUUAAUGAUUCAAAUGCCGAUCAAGACGAACGCAACGCAAAUGUAAAUGCUGAUAAAAUCGAUUUGCCAAAAAUUGAUAUUUCAUCGCGACGUGAACUAUUCGAAAAGGAGCAAAAAGCCCAAUUCAAUCGAUCGAACGACACAAAAAAAUCACCGAUUCUAUUAACGGAAAAUGCUGAGGCGCCAGCAAGUAUCAAAGAACGUUUAUCACAUUUAGAAAAACGAAAUGAUGAGCCAAAAGAAAUGACGCCAACCAAGCCAAAUCGUUAUUCGGGAGAUUUUAGUGGUGUGCGUGAACGUUUUUUGCAUACGGAAAAUGGACAAUUCGUGACGAUUGAACCAAAAGCACCGAAAAUCGAUGUACCAGUGGUUCCGUUAAAAGAGCGUCUCAUGAGCCUUGAAUCGUCAAUGGUCAAUGAGACACCAACAUCAAACGGAAAACUUGAGCAUCGAACAAAGAAAAUGGCCGAACCAAAGUCAAUCACACUCAAUAAAGUGGCCGAUGAAAGUAAUUUGAAAGUGAUUGAUAACAACAAUGAAAGCACAACAUCAUCACCAAUUCACGUCGAUGAAUCACAUCAUAUGAAAGAUGACGAAGACAGUGGUAUUAACUCGGAUGAUUUACAAUCAAGUCUUGCAUCGCAACAAAGUCAACCCCAGCAAAUGGCCGAUGAAUGUGUUGUUAUCAAUCGAAAUGUUGCAAUGGCUGUGCCGCGCAAUGAAAAACCAAAUGAACCGGUACCAGCUGCACGUAAACCAGAGGUUAUGCCACGUCGUCAAAUAACACCCGAUCUCGUUAAAAUUACAACCAAUUCGAAUAUCGAAGAUGAUUUAUUGCAGUCACAAGAUGAGAUCGAUGAUGAAGCGGACAAUAGUGUGAUUGAUGCAUUGGAUAUUGCAUUGAAUGCAAUCGAUACGGAGAAACCGAACGAACUGAUCAACAUAGCGACGUCAUUUGAUGAAAUUUAUGAGGAAAUAAAUGAAUUCAAACCAUUAAAGGCAACAAAAACAACAACGACAACCACAACAAUUGCCCGAAGUACAAUCGCCCAAACGAAUAAAGAGAAAGCAACCGCCGCAGCAGCUGUUGAAAGUGUAAAUGUGACGAAAACAAGUGAAUCGAACCCAUGUACAGAGUCCAAUGAAAAUGGAAAAACAAUUGACGAGCCAUAUUAUCAAGUGCCGAAAAAGCAAAACGAGUCAUAUUAUGAAGUACCAAAAUCGCGACCAAUUCCAGUCUACGAAAAUGUCGAUAUGUAUUACGAUAGUGCGGCUUCAUCGCAAAAGCUUGGCGUUAAUUCGGUGACAAAAUUGCCGGUCCCACUUGAAAUCGGGUCGAAAGCAUCGAUUAUGCAACCGCCAAAAGAGAAACCACCACCGCCACCAAUUGAAACAAACGACGAUGAAGAAGAAAGCGAAUGUGCCGAAGAAGAACCAUUGCCACAAGAUGCAAUGAAACGAAUUAAUUCAACGAAACGCAUAAAAAAGGAAAUUCGUAAUAAACGUUCGAGUUUUUUGGGCAUUGAAGGUAAUGAUGAUGAAAGUUUUCUUCAAUUAAGUGUGGCACCGCCACCAAAUAUGGCCGCAUUAUUGCAAGAAGAACGUCGCAUCGAUAAGCAAUUGUAUAUGAAAGCCGGUUUGUAUGAUAGUUCGGAUACGGCCGAAAGUCGUGAUUCGGGCGUUUCAGAAAAUCAUUCACGUCAAAGCAGUGAACCCGUUACAUCAUCGUCCGAAGAACAAGAACAAGAUUCCAAUCGCCCGGAAAUUAUUAGCGCACUUGAAAAAGAUAAAAAACUUAUUGAAGCUGGCAAAAAUGCAUUGGCCAUGGAAUGUCGGGCACUUGGCACACAGCAAUGGGUGUACAAUGAUGGUUUUGCACAAAACGAUGAUGAUAUCGAUCCAAUUUUAAAAGCGUUAGAUGAACGUGAACGAGCCAGAUGUAUUGAUGAACAAAAUUGUGAACAGGCCGAUAUAUUGCGUGUUGAACGUGAACUACUGCAAUUGGAGCAAGAAGAAAUGAAGCGAAAAAAUAUGAUGAAUCGUAAAUUGUACGAACAACAACAACGUUUGCAUGCACAACAACAACACGAAGCACAACAACAGCAACAACACCAGCAGCACCAGCAGCAGCAACUUCAACAAGAAGAAGAAGUUGAGCUUAGACGCUCAUUACAAGAUAUCAAUGGCAAUGUAAAUUUGUAUGCAAAUGUUUAUAAUACUGAUUAUCAUGUCCAAGCGAAUCAUCGAAAAUCGAUGCCAAAUCUACAGGAUAUGACAUUGCGUGAAGUGACAGAUAAAAUUAUUCCACCAAUACCGCCAGCCAAACCGUUGCGUGUCCAAGAGUAUUUAAAGUAUGGCAAACAGAUAUAUAGCAAUGGCGCUGUGAUUGAUCCAAGAACCAAUCAGUCGGUGCCAAUGCACUUGAAUACAAUACACUCGCAGUCAAAUGAAGAUUUCCGUCCAUAUGCUGGAAACAGUGGCAGCAGCAAUAAUUCAAUAAAUGGCUCUUACAGCAAUAUGACUCGUCACACGUUGCACGCACUGAGUGCCGCACCAAAACCAAAGUUUCAAGACACAUGGGCUCACAAUAAUAAUAAUAACAAUAACAACAAUAAUUAUGAAAAUACAAACGACAAUGGAUGGAAUUCAAAUCGCGAUUACAUUGAUCCAGCGGCCGAACCAUACAUUCGAUCACGCCAAAAUAAGGAGCCAAUCGGUGAUACUUGGCUUUCACUUCAAAAACGACGAUCAGAUCCACAGAAUUUCAACUAUAAUAAACAUUGGCUGAUUCAAGAGGCUGAACAACGACGAAUCGACCAAGCGCGCCGUGGUGAAUGGUCACAAUUGAAUAACAGCAGUAAAAUUAUCCCGCGAAAAGGAAGCAACGAUAAUAAACCGCUACCCGAUGCAGUCAUACAAACGAUCACACAACGCGUACAGAAUAAGCUUAGCGAUAAGAAACGGCUUGAGAUUCAACAAAAUCAUUAUCAUUAUCAUCAUCAUCCGCAUCAAACACUUGACAGUAGCAACGAACAACUUGUAUCGCCGCAACAUCUUCACAAUAGCUAUCAUCAAACGUCACAUCAAUUGAAUGGCUCAAGAUUGUCUGUGGACGAAUUGAAUAGCACACCAACCGCGCCACGUGAAAUUCUCAGUGUCAGCGGGAAGAAAAAGUGCUCAUAUUGUUGUGAGGAAUUGGGCCGUGGUGCAGCCAUGAUAAUUGAGAGUCUUCGGCUAUUCUAUCAUUUGGAUUGCUUUAAAUGCUGCGUAUGUCGUGUUCAAUUGGGUGACGGCGUGAGUGGGGCUGAUGUUCGAGUCCGAAAUCAAAAGCUACAUUGUAAUAAUUGCUUCUCAAGUGAUGACGGUGUCAAAUUCAGUUGCGUGUAAUUCAAUUCAAUUUCGAUCAAUUAUGUUAUUGCUGGAUGUAAAACAUAAACACAAGUGUAUAAUAUUGUUACAAAAAAAUGAAUAUAUAAUUAUUGAUUAGUUUGUAAGUGAAUAAUAAGUAAAUUUUGUUGAACGACAAGCGUUUUUUUUAAAUUCAACGUUAAUUUUGAUUAAGCACAACAACACUUGAUUAAUUUACUCUAAUUGCAUACAUUUUAAUUGA